UUUGGGAGUACCAAGAUGGCGGCCAAUCGCUUCAACCACUCGACAUACCGCUCGAUGUGUAUGGGCUACCCAUAUGGAAGGAGACUUCAAAUCCCAUUUCAAAUUCAAAUACUAUUAAAAUUCUAAUCCCAGGGGCACUCGUCUACUUCCAUACAUCCAGUCCGUUUUUUUAAGAUCGGUGAUAUUACCACAAAACAUCGUCAUUGUCUAGAGUACCUGUGGGGGAAAACGCAUGAGCGCCACCAACUGUACGGGAGGGCAUUUGCGUAACCGUAGCCUCGUUUUCUAUGCUUGAAUUUUCUGACUACAUUUAUAUGGUCUUCUGCCGUAACUACCGUGUUCUUUCGUUGUUCGAAAAUAAAUAAAUACAUUUUUAAAAAAAACUGUAAAACGUCGUCCUUGACCUGUUUACCAAAACCGUGCGAACAUGGGCAGAUUGGCAAGUUCUUCGAAAUAAACAGCAGACUUCCUUAAAUGAAGUGCACUGAAAGCGAAAGUAUAAAAGAGGAACGUGCACAUGGGAGCGAAGUUACUGCACUGACUGGAGAACACAUCAGUUUUCGUCCAGGGGCGCAAUAUGAGCCAGUGGAGCCAAAUUCAGCAGCUGGAGAUGACACUCCUGGAGCAUGUGGACUAUUUGUAUGAUGACAAUUUCCCAAUGGACAUCCGGCAGGGUCUGGCCAGCUGGAUCGAGGCUCAGGAUUGGGACAUGGCCGCUGACAACCAAUCCAUGGCCUCGGUGCUGUUCGCCAACCUGUUGUCCCAGCUGGAGGUGGCGCUGUCGCAGGAGCACAACUUCUUGCAAAGACACAACAUGAAGCUCAUACAGCAGCAAUUACAGGUGAAAUAUGCCAGUAACCCGGCGGCCAUCGCCAGAGUGAUCUCCACCUGCCUCAAAGAGGAGCGGCGGAUCCUGACCAAUGCGUGCAUGCAGCAGCAGGGUCGCACGGGGAAAUCGCUGCAGAAUUCAGUAUGCCUUGAAAGGCAAAUGAACAUGGACCACAGAAUCGGGACGAUCCGGACAAGCGUGCAGAUGAUGGACCAAGCAAUCAAAUACCUUGAGAACAUGCAAGAUGAUUUUGAUUUCCGCUACAAGACCCUCCAGUCUCGAGACCCAUCAGAGAGGAACUCUGAGCUCAUGAAACAGGAAGUAAUAAGACUACAGGAAAUACUCAACAGACUUGACUUUAAAAGAAAGGAAAUUUUGGACAAGAUGGCCGUCGUCAUCGAGGAGAUCGAUAAACUGAUGAAUUCUCAGCUUGACGCUGAGCUUCGGGACUGGAAACGGAAACAGCAAAUGGCCGUCAUCGGUAGUCCCGUGGUCACCACCCUAGACCAUCUGCAGAAUUGGUUCACUCUGACAGCGCAGAGUCUGUUCCAGGUGAAGCGCCUACUGGACAAACUGGGGGAGCUGGUUUUGAAAGUCACUUACGAAAGCGACCCCAUUCCCAUCCAGAAACCUCAGAUGGAGGAACGCGUUAAAUACCUCAUCUAUCACAUCAUCAAGAGAUCAUUUGUGGUGGAGAAACAGCCCUGCAUGUCCACACACCCGCAGAAACCUCUUGUCAUCAAGACUGGAGUGCAGUUCACAACUAAAGUCAGGCUCCUGGUUAUACUUCCAGCUCUUGAUUACCACCUAAAGGUGAAAACAACAUUUGACAAGGACCUCCCUCCUGGCAAAGUAAGUCGUCAGUUUUUCAUCGUGACCAACACCACCAAAGUCAUGGAUAUUGAAGACUACUCCAGUGGCUGCCUUUCAGUGGAUUUUAGACACGCGCUAAAGGAGAAGAAAAAUAGCAAUUCCGCCAAGAGCAAUGAGAGUCUGCUAUCUGUAACAGAAGAACUUCACUCUCUCAAUUUUGAGGCCCGCUUUACAAUUCAGGGCCUCAACAUUGAUUUGGAGACGUGUUCUCUGCCACUGGUGGUCAUUUCGAACGUGAGUCAGAUGCCCGGCGCCUGGGCCUCCGUCAUGUGGUACAACCUUUUGAACGACGAGCCCAAGAAUUUGUCCUUCUUCAGCAGUCAGCCGCGAGCCAUGUGGACUCAGCUCUCUGAGGUUCUAAGCUGGCAGUUCUCUACGAACUCCAACCUGGGCCUCAACAAGGAUCAGCUCAAUAUGUUGGGACAAAAACUUCUUGGUCAACACUUCUCCGAUAGUGACCAAGUCUACUGGUCUAAAUUUUGUAAGGAGAAUAUUCCAGGAAAACCUUUCAGUUUCUGGAUAUGGCUGGACUCCAUCUUGGAAUUGAUCAGGAAACACUUGCUGCCCGUGUGGAAUGAAAACUUCAUCAUGGGUUUUGUGAGUAAAGAGAAGGAGCGUGCUCUGUUGCGGGAGAAAGAAUCGGGGACAUUCCUGUUGCGCUUCAGCGAGAGCCAUCUCGGAGGAAUCACCUUCACCUGGGUGCAACACAGUGACAACGGAGAGGCGACGUUCAACUCGGUGGAGCCGUACACCAAAAGCCGUCUGAACGCGCUCCACUUUCCCGACAUCAUCCGAGACUACAAAGUGAUCUCAGACGGGGUGGUCCCCAAGAACCCGCUCAAGUUCCUCCAUCCUGACAUCCCUAAAGAUGAAGCUUUUGGACGGCUUUACAACAAUCUGCCCAGGAAAGCGUAUCCGUACAUACCAUCCACUCUGAUCCCCUGCUCUGAAAUGCGCUCCAACGUGAGCCCCCCGUCAUCUAAUUGUGAGUCACCCGAGCCUCCGAUGACCCCGGGAGAGUUCGACAUGCUCAACAAAACCUUGUGCUUCGACAUGGAGGAUGUGGACUGGUCUCCGUUGUGUGGUCUUAAGAUGGCUCAGUGGCAGGCGCUGCUGAGGCUGGACGUAGCCCUUCAGGCGCAAGUGACUCAGUUGUACGAAAGGAAGUUCCCCAUACAUAUCCGGCGCGAUCUGAGUGUUUGGAUCGAGAGCCAGGACUGGCUUUCAGCAUCUCUUGAUGACCAAAAGGCGAAGACUUGUUUCAACUCUCUCCUGGUUUACUUAGAAGAAGAAUGGAGCCGCUGUGUCAACCACGAGAACAUUUUGCAGGGUCCGGAUCUUCCCGGAAUCAAAGAAUACGUGCUGAACGUCUUUGAAAACAACCCUAAGAACCUGGCUGCUAUCCUCUCCGAGUGCCUAAUAGAGGAGCAGAAGAUCCUGAUUUCAGCACAGGCUGGCGUCUGUCCAGCUGAGGAAAUGACGCAGCCAACACUGGAAUUCAAAAUCGCAGACCUGGAGAGGAUGUCGCAGGAGGUCGGGGAAGAGAUCGCAUCACUGGCAAGCCUGCACAUACUCCUCCCCAUCACACACGAGGAGCAGGGCAUUUGGGACACUGUGGAGAAAUGCAACUUUUUCCUCCAAACAAAGCAGAUUGUCCUCAAGCAGCUGAGGAGCAUUUUAUUGACCGCAGAGGACGCGGUGCAGACGCUCACCACCGUGGAGUUGCCCGAGUGGAAGCGGCGCCAGCAGCUGGCCUGCAUCGGAAAGCCCGGUGACACCUGCUUGGACCUUCUGCAGAAGUGGUUCACAAAUGUGGCUAAGGUGCUCCAAGAAAUUCAACAGCAUCUGACCAGGGUGCCGGACCCCGACGGGGGGCGUCACACCACCGAGGUCACGCUCGCUGAAAUGAAUCAUUUCACGCAGUCUUUGCUCACAAAACUUCUUUCCAACGCUUUAGUGGUGGAAAAACAACCCGCCUCAUCAAACCUGGCUAACAUCCAGCGACCUCUGGUACUUAAGACCAAGUCCAAAUUCAGCGUAAGGCUGAGGUUCUUGGUUUAUCUUCCAGAAUUCCGAUACAUGCUUAAAGUCAAACCUCUAAUUGACAAGGAUGUUGCUGAGAAAAGUAAAAUGAAAGGCUUCCGUCACUUUGCUUUCACCUCGGACUUGAACAAAGUGAUGGAUGAGGACAUCGCUGGCUAUUGUUUGGUGGCAGAAUUUAAAGACAUGGAACUUCAGGAAACCAGAGAGAGCGCUCCGGGAUCAAAUACGCGUUCUUUGGCCGUCACAGAAGAACUUCACGUCAUUACGUUUGAGACAGAUUUUCAGUGCAAUGGACUGCGCUGUCGCAUUGAGGCUAGGUCUCUGCCAGUCGUCAUCAUAUCCGCUCCCGAUCAGGGUCACAGUGCCUGGGCAUCAGUGAUGUGGUACAACAUGUCCACCAGUGAACCAAUGAACCUGUCGCUGUUUUCCGACCCUCCUCCCCUCUCCUGGUCAGACCUGUCCCAGCUUCUGAGCUGGCAAUUUUUGUCCGUCGGAAAACGGCCGCUCGACGACAACCAACUUUCCAUGCUCAGAGACAAAAUUGUGGAGCAUCCCACCGGUUUCGUCAACUGGAACUCAUUUGGCAAGGCUGGUGGUAAGAAAAAUGGAAAUGUGUGGCUCUGGCUGGACGGAAUCCUAGAUCUCAUUAAAAAGCACUUGGUGGACCUGUGGCGCGACGGGUGCAUUAUGGGCUUUGUGAGCCGGAAGAAAAUCAAGGAGCUGUUGCAGGAAAAAAAGACAGGCACCUUCUUACUCCGCUUUAGCGAAAGCUACCAAGACGGCGCCAUCUCCUACAGCUGGGUGGAACACUAUAAUGGAGAGGCCCAAGUACACUCCAUUGAGCCCUACACUAAGAAAGACCUGGUCGACAAUCCUUUGCCCAACGUGAUUUACGACUUCAUCCCCAGAGUUCAGGGCAUCAUCCGAAGGAACCCGCUGCUUUAUCUUUACCCAGACGUGGACAAAGACGCUGCUUUCAGGCGCUACUACACCGGCUCCGAUAAGGUGGCACCUAAAACCUAUUUGGGUUAUUUGCAACGAAAGCGUCUGAAUGUGACCGAUUUGCCUAUACCUCCUCCUUCACCACCACAAUGCUUGCCCAUUGUGGACGUGUUCCCCUCCAUGGCUGCCACUGAUGACAAUUCCGAUCAGAAUGACACUGACAUGUUCGUCUCUGAGCAACAUCAACUUUGUAACCUUUGAAAAGAUUUGAUAUGGAUAAAAGGUAUUUAUGGAUAGGGUUGUUUAUUUGGCGAUGUGUUCACUACAUGCACUGAUUCAGUCAUUUGCAGGCGAUUUGGUGAUGAAGUGCUGCCUCCACAGUUGAAAAUACUGCUAUACUCCUAUUCAUGGUUGACAACUCGAGUUUACCUAUUUACGGUUUUCUCCCCCCCCCCCUUUUCUGAGGCGCUUAUCCUCACAAGGGUCACGGUCAUCGGGCAGGAGGCGGGGUACACCCAGAACUGGUUGCCAGCCAAUCAGAGGGCACAUCAAGACAGUCGCACUAGGGGCACUUUAGAGUGUCCAAUAAAUGUUGCAUGUCUUUGGGAUGUGGGAGAAAACCCACGCAGGCAAAGGGAGAACAUGCAAACUCCACACAGGCAGGGCCGGGAUUGAACCUGGGUCCUCGGAACUGUGAGGCCAAUGCACUACGGCUGCGUCACCGUGCUGAGAUGUGCGCUCUCUGUAGUGUCUUAAAAUGCUACAAGAUGCCAAAGAAGUACAGUAUUACUGUAUUUAUAUUAUAUUACUAUACAGCCUUGUGUUUGUUGAUAUUGUCCACGCCUUAAUCCAUCGUAGACACUUCGUCAACUGCAUUUGAGGCUUUGGAAAAUGAAUUAAGCGGGCACCUUGGAAGCUAGCCGGAUAUCUUUCAUCUGAAUUGCACGUUCCCCAGACGCCUCUGAGGACCAUUUUAUUCGUAACGUGAACUUUUCCAAAUGCACGUGACCGAUAACCAACAUUGCUUGUGGGACAACAUGGCGACAAGAGGGGCAAGUCAAGCCAGAGGGGUUAAGACAAUGCGGCUAUCUGAUUGGCUAUUAUUGUACGAGACUGACAGGUCGCAAAGGGGCAUUGACAGACAACAUUUGUAUGUUUGGGGGAGACCUAAAUUUAGUCCGGAUCAUUAGCAGCAAUUGUGGAGUCUUUGCAUAUUCUCAAAACAAAUCCUUUAUCAUUUUUUUCAAAGUGUUUUAAGAUGAGUUUGAAAUAUUAGUGUUUUGGAUUCAUAUAGUGGUACAACACUGGAAACUAUUAAUACAGGCAAUAAAGACUCAUUUUCAAAAGGG